AACAAACGAUCAAUUAGGUAUUUCUUCCAUCGGAAAAGUCUAUGGAUUCGUAAACAUGUACGAAGACCUUAAUAGUGAGAAUGUGAUGCAUGUGGAAAGAGGUCUUGGAGAUCUUGAAGAUAAAGCAGCAAAGGUACACGCAAACAUUAUAAAUGAAUCUCAAGAGAAAGAUCAGGUCGCUUUGUCUAGGAAGGACCUCGAAGAUUUACGCAAACGUUUUGGAAUUGAGCGUUCAGUAUUUGAAGAUGUUCCUCAUCCGCCGGCAACUGUAGAACGUGUUCGCAAAACAAAUAACCCACCUCAUAUCGAACCUGGUGAAAUGGAUCGGAUCAAGUUAUUUGAAUAUCACCUUAAUGUCUCAGGUUUCCAAAGAGACCCAGACGAUAAAUUCACCUUCCCCUUUGUUAAAAUCACUUCAGCUACUGUUCAUCUUGUAAAUUCUUUGAUCCUUAAUCAGGCGAAAUCAGAUACGGUUUUAACUUUCUACUCCCUUUCAUACCUCUAUAAGACGAUUGUCAAGUAUCCUAAGCAAGAUAUCGGUGUUGUUGAUCAGGACUUUACGGGUCUAAAAAAGAAAUUGUUCAUGGAGUUAAAUAGAACUCACGAGGAAGACCUGAAUCUUAGAACAAACAUUUCAGCUUCCACGUGUGAUUGGAAGGUAUAUUAA